CGUUAACGGCACCGGACAGUGGUGUGAGCUAGAAGAUGGCGGCGGCAAUGGUAGGAAACACCGCUCCUUUUGAUAGUCAAUCCCAGACGUGGGAGGAAUAUUGUGAGGUUCUCCAAUAUUUAUUUGAAGCUAAUGAGAUCGAAGAUGCAGGUCGGCAGAAAGCUAUUUUGCUCAGUUCAGUUGGCAGUCAGACUUACAGCCUUAUGAGGAACCUUAUCAGCCCGGCGAGGCCAGGAGAGAAGACGUUUGAUGAGCUUGUUCAGCUGCUGAAAGACCAUUUCAACCCCAAACCCAGUGAAAUUGUACAGCGCUACAAAUUUAACUCAAGAAGUAGGAAGCUGGGAGAAACAGUCAUGGAGUACGUUGCUGUGCUAAGGAAAUUAGCACAAGAUUGUAACUAUGGAGACAAGUUAACAGAAAUGCUGCGUGACAGGCUGGUCUGUGGGAUUGGGGAGGAUCGCAUACAACGGCGAUUGUUGUCAGAGCCGGAUUUGACCUUCGACAGGGCACUGAAGCUGGCCCAGGCUAUUGAGACAGCCAGCAAGAAUGUGAGAGACUUACAGUCAUUGGAGUCAGCACCCUCGCACAUGAGAGCACCUGAGGCAGUGCACAAGAUGACGGCAAGGCAGAGCCCCAGUGAGCAGCAGCACCAGCAUAAGGCUUGUUACAGGUGUGGCAGUGAGCAGCACAUAGCUGGGGACUGUAGGUUUAUUAAAGAAACCUGUCACAAGUGUGGGAAGAUAGGCCAUAUUCAGAAAGUGUGUAGAUCAAAAAGGCUCAGUUAGUGCUUCACAAGCAAA